AUGCGUAACAGAAUGAUGUACGUUCGAACGCUAACCGGCCAAUGGAUGGUUCUGGCUCAACCGCAUGACCUCUCCAGCGGUCAACUAGUGACAAACGACAUUCUGCCUAACGUGGAUGCAGUUCUGGACCAAAUGCAUCAGGUCAACCACGACGGAUACUACCUUGGUGUGAAUGGCCAAUGGACCUAUCAUCAUAACAACUGCCAGUGUUUUCCGCCGCCUCAGUGA